UCGUUUUGCGGAAGCGAUUGAAAGCGUGAUUAAAUGCCACAAAUUUCGCGUUACUAGGUCAGUAGCGCUCAUUUGUGAGCACCAUUUUAGCCUGUGUUCUCUUACAGAGUCAUUAACAAUCGCUGAGAUCAGUGUGCUCAAGUUCGUGUUUUCCCGACUCGGACGCCAGUCGACCGUGGAGCCAGCAACUGCACGUGUGCCGGUGAUGCUUCGUGCUAUGCAUGAAAUCGGACCGCAGCCUCGUUUAUCGUAAAGAGAUCCUGGGGGCUCGCCGCUGCUAUAUAUACUCUCCCCGUGACCAUAUAGAUGCAUCGCGGAGUGGGACGAACUGAGUAGUCGGAGCAGCUGUCUGUGCCCGACACGGCCGAUCACAUCGUAUAUCUAUCUGUGAACGCUCGUGGCAGCGAGUGGUUGUUUGGCCUAGCCGCAACACCCUCGGCAAGUGGUAAGCGAGGGCACCGUUCACUGGGAUAGCGCGCGGGAAGUAGCUGUAAAAAGUGCGAGCCGCUGAAGGUUACUGCUGCCUCGAGCGGCGCGCAGCAUGGAGUUUUUGCUUGGCGGGCUGGCCGCGUGUGGUGCUGGCUUUUUCACCAAUCCUCUGGAAGUGGUCAAGACACGUAUUCAGUUGCAGGGCGAGCUGCAGGCUCGCGGACACUACACAGUUCACUACCGCAAUGUGUUUCACGCGUUCUACGCCAUCGGCAAGCACGACGGCCUGCGGGCGCUGCAGAGCGGCCUGUCGCCGGCACUGUGGUACCAGUUCUUUAUGAACGGCACUCGCCUGGGCGCCUACCACAUCAUGGAAGACCUACAGCUCACCAAGAACAAGAACGGCUCCGUCAACGUGGCCCGCAGCAUCGCCGCUGGCGCCGUGGCCGGCUGCGUGGGCGCCUUCGUGGGAAGCCCCCUCUACCUGGUCAAGGUCCAGCUGCAGGCACAGUCGGCAACAUCCAUAGCUGUGGGCUACCAGCACAACCACGAGAGUAUGCUGGCAGCAUUGCUGCGCAUCUACCGAAGAGACCACGUGCGGGGUCUGUGGCGAGGCGUCAAUGCAGCCUUGCUUCGGGUCUCUACUGGCUCGGCAGUACAGCUGACUACCUUCUCCAAGAUCAAGUCUCAGAUCAACCACAUUGCUAUAUUCCGGGACCGGCCUUGGCUUGAAGCACUCGUGGCCAGUUCCGCAAGUGGGUUGGUGGUUGUGGCCACCAUGACUCCAUUUGACGUCUGCUGCACACGUCUGUACAACCAGCCUACAGAUGCCACUGGCAAAGGCGUCAUGUAUAGAAAUGUCUUUGACUGCUUUGCAAAGGUGUUCAAGACUGAGGGCCUUAUGGGUUUCUACAAAGGUGUGACAGCCAGCUUCCUCAGGCUUGGCCCCCACACUGUGUUGAGUCUUGUCUUUUGGUCAGAACUGCGGAGGGAAUACGCUCUCUUUUCACAGCCCACUGUUGAGGCUGCCUGACUACAUUCUGGUCAUGCAUCUAGUUGCUAGCUUCCCAUCGUUGUUCCUUAGACUGAGCCUUCUCUUCAGACAUCCAAGACUUUCACUUGGCGGUUUCAAGUCACUGAAGGUGUGUGGGACUUUAAUGCAACAUGAUUAGUAAUGUCUGUGUGUGCGUGUUGCCUCUUCGCAGCUACAUUGUUGAGAAAAUGUGUUUCGACACUUUGGGCUGAAUGAUCGCUUUCUUGUCCACUUCUCAUGCUGCGGAGAUUGGGAUGUGACAUGCUCUUUUGUAAGGCUGUGCUCAAGGAAGUACAAAUACUGUCUUGUUCAGCGUCCGAAGUAUGGUGCUGCCUUGUAAGUGGACUGAUGGUGUUUUUUAAAUGACAGGAAAAUUUCCGGUGCAUUGUUCCUUGCCCUGUGAAAGCCCUGCAGCCACGAGGAGCACAGAUUUCUCCCCUGUACAGUAUUUAAGCUUUGCUCUGUUUUUAUGGGAAUUGCUCAUCACAUGUGCUUAAUGAAGACUGUUGGCGGUAUGACCAAGGUUGUCCUGACAUACUUUAUUGAGCACAUAUUUUGGGAUAGUCUUUUGCAGAGAUUUUAAGAUUGGUGACUGCAGGGCACGGCAUUGACUGUGCUGAUGGUGGCCCAUGCAUGGCUCUGUGUACAGUUUUCACCUGAGAUGUAUCCACUUGAGCAACAUAGGAGAUUGUUGAGCUAUGGAACAAACUAUGCUGAAGAAGAUGUAAGAGUUUAGGAGUGUACAUUUUGGAUGCUUAAAAGAUGAAAGCCUCGACCAUUGUUUCCAAUAACUGUUACUACGACACCAUGGAAAUAUCUUUCCACUGAUUCUUCUUUCUGCCUUGUCCUAUAGUGGCUUACCUGCUCUUGAGUGUGUUCUUGGCUAGAAGGAAAUGCAGUAUUUAGGGUUAUUUCAACUUUAGUUUGACAUUGUCCCAUCCAAAGAUCUGGGACUUAUUUUUAGGGCAUUCAUGUGGGUAUUUGAUAGCCUAUUGAUGGUUAAACAUUUCCUUUCUCAACAAGCUGCUUGUGUGAGUGGUUGUUUAUUGCAGUUUUGUAAAUAUUGAAGUAUGGAACAAGUAGGCCAGUAUGGCUGCUUUCUUUGCUGCUAAUGUAUAUUAUUGAUCUAUACGUAGUUCCAUUGCUGUGUUGGUGAAACUAGUGCCCGAUUGUUAGAAAUUGCGACAGCUUCAUUUUAUAAGAGGAUGUGUAAUCUAAGCUUAAGACUGCUAUCUUGAGGUGUAAGUCUUUUAUUUCAUUUCACCCUUGUUGACCUGUGAUCUGCGAAAGCACGUAAUGGAAGUGGAGCUUUCUAAAUUUUGAAGAAUCUCAUCUGUGCUCUCAUCUGCUUUUCUUGAACCACUUCACACGCCAUCAUUGUUUGUACUUGAAGUACAUAUCUUACCUGCGACUACUGCUCUUGACAAGUUCAAAAGUGGGUUUAAAAAACUUCUUUCUUUCCUUGUAUGAUGGAAGCAACAUUUAUUGUUUACUGCAGACACUGCUGUUUUGUUGCUGUUCAUGUGUCCUUAUGUUAAAAAGAAUACCUGUAGGUUUGCUUCCUUAUGUGAGCACAGGAACCAAUAUGGAUGUACCAGUGAACACCAACAUGCACUGGAAAGGCAAGGCCCUCUGCUUUUAUUUUGUUGCCUUGUUGUGUAUCCAUGCAUCCAAAUGUGGAGAAACACAUAUACAUGUACAUUAUUAUUCCUAAGACAGAUAUCAUUUUGUUUGACACUUGUUACCCAUUUUGUCAAAGGUGCAUACUGUUGCAGCAUGAACUGGGAAACAAUAAAAAGCAGCCCUAAAGCUU